UGAAACGGUGAAAACAGGGGAGCAGAUGCAAAAUACAGACAUGUUGUCCAACCUAGUAUUCCUUCUGCUUCUGCUAAUUGGCUUAGUAGCCUCAGAAGAUACCAGCUUCACCUACCUCGGGUUUCAAUCGGCAAAUCUAAGCCUUGACGGCAUAGCCGGUGUCACUUCAACUGGCCUUUUGAAGCUCACUAAUGACACCAAACAGCAAAUGGGUCAUGCUUUCUAUCCUAAUCCAAUAACCUUCAAGAACUCAUCCAAUGGCUCUGUUUCCUCCUUCUCUACCACCUUUGUAUUUGCUAUCUUUCCUGAAUAUCCCACUUUGAGUGGUCAUGGAAUUGCUUUCGUGAUUGCCCCCACAAGAGGGCUCCCAGGAGCUCUGCCAAGCCAGUGGCUUGGCCUUUUCAAUACUAGCAACGAUGGUAAUGCAACCAAUCAUGUUGUCGCCAUAGAGCUCGAUACCCUUCGGAACAGCGAGUUUGGUGACAUCAAUGAUAACCAUGUUGGGAUUGAUAUAAAUGGGUUGACGUCCAUCAAAUCUGCUCCCGCAGGAUAUUAUGUUGAUAAGAAUGGUGCGUUUAGGAAUUUGACUCUUAUCAGUGCCCACCAAAUGCGAGUUUGGGUGGAAUAUGACGGUGUCGAGAAGAAAAUCGAGGUCACUAUGGCUCCAAUUAAUGUCGGAAAACCCAAAACUCCGCUCUUGUCUUUGUCCUAUGAUCUUUCACCCAUCAUUGAAGACAACAUGUAUGUUGGUUUGUCGUCCUCAACUGGCUCAAUUCUAACAACCCAUUAUGUUUUGGGUUGGAGCUUUAAGGUGAACGGCCAGGCUCCAGAACUUGAUGUCUCUCAACUUCCCAAGCUGCCUCGGAUUGGAGCUGUAGUUUAUGUCAUAAGAAGGAAGAGGAAGUUUGCAGAAUUGCUAGAAGACUGGGAGCGUCAAUAUGGACCUCACCGAUUCAAAUACAAAGAUCUUUACGUUGCCACAAAAGGAUUUAGGGACAAAUACCUGUUGGGCACUGGCGGAUUUGGUAGGGUGUAUAGAGGUAUACUACCAACCUCAAAAAUUGAGAUUGCAGUGAAGAAGGUCUCCCAUGAAUCAAGGCAGGGAAUGAAACAAUUUGUUGCAGAAAUUGUAAGCAUUGGUCGGCUUCGUCACAGGAAUUUAGUACCACUCUUGGGGUAUUGCCGGCGCAAAGGAGAGCUGUUUUUGGUGUAUGAUUACAUGCCUAACCGCAGCCUAGACAAGUACCUCUUCGACCAACCAAAGGUUACCCUGAGCUGGAGCCAAAGAUUUCGAGUAAUCAAAGGUGUGGCUUCGGGGCUGUUUUAUCUACACGAAGAAUGGGAGCAAGUUGUUAUUCAUAGAGAUGUCAAGGCUAGUAAUGUCUUGCUUGAUGGUGAAUUGAAUGCCAGAUUAGGAGACUUCGGUCUUGCAAGAUUAUAUGACCAUGGAGCUAAUCCUCCAACAACUCAUGUGGUUGGAACUCUUGGGUAUCUUGCCCCAGAGCAUAGUCGAAGCGGCAAGGCCACGCCAGGCACCGACGUGUAUGCUUUCGGGGCAUUUUUGCUUGAAGUUGCUUGUGGCAGGAGACCAAUAGAGCCACGGGGGGCAGCAAAUGAUGUCCUUCUCCUUGAUUGGGUGUUUUCUCAUUGGAACCGAGGCGAAAUUCUUGAGGCAAGGGAUGUGAGUUUGGGUGCAGAUUAUGUAGCAGAGGAAGUAGAGCUGGUUUUGAAACUUGGGUUGCUCUGCUCUCAUUCAGAGCCUGCGGCUAGGCCUAGCAUGCGCCAAGUAGUGCAGUUCUUGGUGGGUGAUUUUCCUCUUCCUGAGCUAUCAUCGCUUGGCCUUUGUGGCGGCGGCUUAACAUUUGCGCAUAAUAAGGAAGGUGGUUUCAAUGAUGUUGCCAUGUCCUAUCCGUCUUCAGGGGACAGGUUCACUCAGUCCUCUUUUGCUGCAGAGUCACUUCUCUCAGGCGGUCGCUGAUUCUAAAAGCUUUUGUUUUAAGUUUGUUAGUAAUGAUCUUGAAAUGAAUGUAGUGAAGUAGCAGAUAGUUUGUUUUAAGGCAGUGCAGUAUAUUUGGGUUGAUAGGGCCAUUUGCAAUCAUAUGUUUUGCAACUUUGCUUGCUCCAAAAUAAUUCGUCAGUGUUUUGGAUUUAUGUUGGAUGCCACAGUUAAUAGAGAUUAGAUUUA